UUUCAUUCAUUUAAUAUUUUUGAAGAGAUUGAUCGGGUUUCUUCCUAAAAACCUCUGAUACCAAAGUCCCGCAAUGGCAACAAGGGAUAAGAAUUGCAGGCUUUGUGCUGAGCCGUGUUCGAACAAUGCCAUACUUUGGGAUCGUGAUUUCAGAGAAAAAUUGCAAAAUGCACUGUGCGUUUGGGUAGAUCUUAUGAAUCGGAAAUUAAGCAAAAAUAUCUGCGAAUCGUGUCAACAGAUGGUAGAAGAAUUCUAUGAUUAUAGAACUAGUAGCAGAAGUAUACUGAAAGAGGAACAUUACUCAAGACAAGCCGACAGUUCGAAAAGUCCUUGCAAUACUGAUAAUAAUUACAGUGCGUCAGAGGUACCUGUUUUGGAAAAUGCUGUUAUUGAAACAAAGAAUAAUUUGUUGUCGAAUGCAAUUCCGUCUAAUUUGGAAGUGUCUUCGGAUUCGGACAUACCUGAACCUGAUGAACCUAUAGAACUUGAACCAGCUGAAACCCGGAAAAGACCAAGAAGGCCCACAAAUUUUAGAACUGAGGCAGAAAAGGCUAUGACCCCGGAUGAAUUCAAAAAACACAUUUCCAAUAUGUUCCGGGAACGAUACAAACAAAUCUGCGACAUUUGCGGCAGGGCGUUGGAUCCGCCGCACGUCGAGGGUCACAUGAAUCGUCACAACGGAGUUACGCCCUACACAUGCGAUAGCUGCGGAACCCAGUUCUACAGUAAGGCCAACUUGCGGAGCCAUGUCAAGCGGAACCAUUCGAGCGAGGAUCCGAUUCCGUGCGAGCAUUGCGAAAAAGUGCUUGUCAGCCGAAUAGCUUACAAAAAUCAUCUUUGGGCCGUUCAUGCCGAACGGAAGUUUGAGUGUAAAGUUUGCAAAUUGAAAGUUCUCACCAAGCACACCCUGAAUAUACACAUGGACAUCCACAAUCAGAAGCGGGACUUUGUGUGCAACUACUGUGGGAAAAGAUUCUUACGGCGCUUCGUUCUGAGAAUCCAUCUGCGAACACACACCGGCGAAACUCCCUACCAAUGCAGCGUUUGCGGGGAGGCAUUCAUUCACCGGCGUAUCUACGUGAUGCACAUGAAGAAGGCUCAUCCGGGCGAACCGAUCAUGCGCAUCGAUGGUACCAAAGCAUUCCGGGAGGCCAUCCGGCGCCAAGAUGUGGGUAAAUUCAAGUGUACCUGAGGCUCUUUGUAGAGGAAAAUAAAGGAAGGUUUUACUUCUUUCACCGUA